CUAAACAACAAUGUAUUUAGAGAAAAUAUUUGGUGAUUUUUAUAUCUACCGAGCUCUCUUAGAACCGCCCACACAGCUUUUCUUACAUCUAUACAGCAUAUAUAAGGAAGACGUACGACUACUUUCCCUUUCACAUUUACACAGACCAUAUGCCGAAGACCUCCCUUUGGACCUGAAAGCCACCGCCGUGGUCAUUUAAAAAGCGGAAGUGCUCCAUUGACGUAUAGAAAAAAGUUUUCAUAUCAGUGGCAUUUGCCAGAGCAAGAAGAGGAACAUGUCAGAAAGUCCAAAAACCCCGUGCCACACCAACACAGACAACAGAAACCCAAAGGAAGAUGUCAUGCCUUGUACAGGUUCAAACCUAGACCAAGAUAAGACCCCUGAACCUAGUUCAAAGAUGGACGACACCAGAAUAGAUACCGGAAAGCGAGAGAAGGAAGAUGUCAUGCCUUGCACAGGUUCAAACCUAGACCAAGAUAAGACCCCUGAACCUAGCAGAGCAGGCAACAGAUGGCACACAGACAGCAGAGUUGGGGACAGAUAUGCAGGGACAGACUGGCAGAGACAGGGAGUCUCAGGUUUUCAUAUCAGUGGCAUUUGCCAGAGCAAGAAGAGGAACAUGUCAGAAAGUCCAAAAACCCCGUGCCACACCAACACAGACAACAGAAACCCAAAGGAAGAUGUCAUGCCUUGUACAGGUUCAAACCUAGACCAAGAUAAGACCCCUGAACCUAGUUCAAAGAUGGACGACACCAGAAUAGAUACCGGAAAGCGAGAGAAGGAAGAUGUCAUGCCUUGCACAGGUUCAAACCUAGACCAAGAUAAGACCCCUGAACCUAGCAGAGCAGGCAACAGAUGGCACACAGACAGCAGAGUUGGGGACAGAUAUGCAGGGACAGACUGGCAGAGACAGGGAGUCUCAGAUCCCGAGGUGCUGAAUGAACAAGAAACAAGACAGAUGAAACCUAAAAACAUCUACAGCUUGAACAUUGUAUUACUGGGACAGGCAGGUGUUGGGAAGAGCGCAAGUGGCAACACAAUAUGGGGGGCAAAUCCUGUUUUUAAAUCAUAUCCAAGUUCUUUACCUGUUACAAAAAUGUGUCAGGAAGUACAACUGCAAAUACAAGGGAUGGAAGGGAGGGUCAUUGAUACCCCAGACUUCUUCUAUGACAAUGUUGGCACACAAUCAGACACACAUGUUAAGGAAUGCAAAACAUACUUGAUGAGAGAUGAGUCUGUGUGCUUGUUGGUGAUUAAAAUUGGCCGAUUCACAAAGGGUAAGAGAGAGAUUUUAAACCAGUUGGAAAAGGCCUUUGAUAGUAAAAUCAGAGAGAAAACAAUUGUCCUCUUUACUCAUGGAGAGGACCUGAAAAAUAUGAACAUAGAGAUGUUCAUCCAGUCAGACCCUCAUCUUCAACAGAUAGUUGAGCUCUGUGGGAACAGGUACCAUGUGUUCAGAAACACUGACCCAGACCGUCGUCAGGUGAUGGAGCUGAUGGAGAAGAUCUGCAAAGUCCUAGGCCUCGAAAAGAGAUUCUCAGAGUUAAAAGACCUGUUGUUCCCAGAGUUAAAGGAGUGUGGGAGAAAACAAACUAAUAUGUCCCCAGACUCCCAAUCUAAGGUAAAUAAAAUAAAACAGUUCUGCCCACUUCUCUAACUCUGAUUAUGUUAACAAAGAUGAAUUAAAUGUCACCAAUGAUUGCUUUAGGUCACUUUUGUGUGUCCUUGUGACUAAAGUUGUGUAUUAGUGAUAGAUUUGUACCUUGCUGUGUAUUAUACUAAAUGUCUUCCAUUGAUUGAAUCUACGUCACCAUGCAUGUAUAGUGUUGUAUAAAGUUAGACAGACAUACAGAUUUAAAACACAAAUUAUAAUACUUGGGUUUAUUGGCUUAAUUAUCAAGCUUCGGAGGUUAAACAGUAACAUUAUCCAGCCAAGAUGAUUUUUUAAAAUGUAAUGUAAUGCAUAUACUGUAAUGCAAAUAAGCUCAUUUUAAUCAAUGGCUCAAUCUUUACUAGUUUUUUUCAAUCAGGUUUUCAAUCAUAUGAACUAUGCUUUUUGAGUACAGGAAUUAAUUCAUAUUGACAUCUUUAGUCACACAAUAAUUCUAGUAGAUUUGUAAUGUAAGUAAAUGUGUUAUUAGGUGUUAUUAAAUUGUUUGAUGAUCAGGUUUGAUAACCCUGAGAAAUUGGAACCACUGACCUAAAUGCUACACUUAAGCAUGCAAAUAAAAUGUGUCGAACUAA